CUUGCUGCACAACUGGGUGCUAGAAUUGACUCCUCCAGAAGGCGGCUCGUCUUUAAAUGCCGCCAUUUUUCAAAUACUUCCCUAAUGAAACCAACAAACCAGAUUUCGGAGAGACUCUAAUUCUAAGCUACGUAGAUCUAGCAAUGUUUUUCGGAUAUUGAAGUCUGUGUAUUUCUCCCUCCCCCCGCCACAAAAAACUUGCGUUCUGAUCGGGACCGCCUGGCCAAACACGCCAAGGCUCUAAUUUCCCUCAUCUUGAGCCUCUAAUAAUUAGUGCCUCAGUUGGCUGCCGGCGGAGACCUAGCCUCGGAAUGGGGUUAAGGCCUCUGAACUCAUCCUCUGUUGUCAACUGAGAAGGCGACCAGGAGUAACUUCCAGUAGCUGGUCCCUCCCCUUGUGUCUGCUUCGUGAAGAAGGUUAGAAAUGCGGAAGUUUCUACCCCAAGCCUGAAUUGACGGCUCAGGCUCGCUUGGGAUGAUUUAAUUAAAAACCCGCCGCCUUUUGUGGAAACCCGCCAACUGUUCUGUGGCGGAGUUUAGAAGCUGAGGAGGGUCGCCGUCGCCCGCAUGGCUACUUUGCCCAGUUCUGACAGGAGGGCAUUUGCUCUCAAAAUCAAUAGGCAUUCCUCAGCAGAAAUAAGAAGACAGUUUGUGCAUCAGCCAAACCUUGGACAAUUCCCUCAGCGAAGUAUCAGCACCCCUGGGUUCUCUUCUAUUCAUCUUCCUCAGUUCUAUGAUGCAGUAGAGCCAGUUGAUUUUGAGGGUUUCCUGAUGAUGAAGCUGAAUCACCUAGAUUCAGAAUUCCUUCAAGAACUUGGUGAUUUUCCGGAAGAUGAUUUGGAAGUGGUCUUCACACCAAAGGAACACAGGACCUUGCAGCCAUCCUUGCCAGAGGAAGGAGCUGAGUUGGAUCCACAUGUUCGGGAUUGUGUUCGGACCUAUAUUCGUGAGUGGCUUAUCGUUAAUCGAAGGAAUCAAGGAAAUAAUGAGACAUAUACGUUUAUGAAAAGGGGAUCCAGAAGAGAUUUCCACAAGACUCUUCAAAAGCAAACAUUUGAAUCUGAAAUUUUGGAUUACUGUGAUUCAAGUUAUCAGGCAGGUCCCAGGCUUCCGAAGGUCCUCUGUGAUGAAUCCAGUAGAGCCACGCUGACAUCUGGCGAUUUCGACCUGCGCAGUUUACAGCCUGAUCCGCGUCUGACAAACCUGCUACAGCGCGUUAGUGCAGAAGACCUUCGAAGGCAGAACGAGGAGGCUCGACGACACAGCAGACCUACAGAACUGCUAGCCUUAUAUCCCAAUAUAGAUGAGGAGGAUGCAGUGGAAAUACGCCCAGUGCCUGAGUGCCCCAAGGAAUAUCUGGGCAAUAGGAUAUUGGUGAAAGUACAAACUCUGAGGUUUGAGAUAGAAAUUGAGCCAUUAUUUGCAAGCUUUGCCCUCUACGAUAUCAAAGAAAGGAAAAAGAUCUCAGAAAGCUUUCAUUGUGAUUUGAACUCUGAACAAUUCAAAGGAUUUUUGCGAUCCCAUACACCGAGUGUUGACUCUUCUUCUCUAUCGAGGUCUGCAGUAUUUUCUGUAACAUAUCCCUCACCAGAUAUUUACUUAGUUGUGAAGAUUGAAAAAGUCCUCCAGCAGGGAGAAAUUGGAGAUUGUUCAGAACCUUACAUGGUUCUAAAAGAAAGUGAUGGUGGUAAGACCAAAGAAAAAGUUGAAAAAUUAAAAACACAAGCAGAGUCCUUUUGUCAACGUUUGGGAAAGUACCGCAUGCCUUUUGCUUGGGUUCCAAUAAGUUUAGCAAAUUUUUUUAAUAUUUCAACACUUGAAAGAGAUAUAGCAGAAGUAGAUGUUUUAAAUGGAAAAGGAUCCACUGGUGACAGAAAAAUGAUGGCAGUACAAGGCAGGAGAUUAUCUGAAAGAAGCCUAGGUGUAGAGGAUUUUUCUGGCACAGUGACCUUUAAAACCACCACUCUGACUCUCAACACAUUUUUUAAGCAGGAAGGAGAUAGGCUUAGUGACGAAGACUUAUUGAAGUUCCUAGCGGAUUUCAAGAGAUCAUCUUCUUUGCAGAGAAGAGUGAAACCUAUACCAGGAUUACUUAAAUUGGAGAUCUCCCCUGCUCCAGAAGGCCUCAGUUGUUGCCUCAGCCCAGAGUUAUUACAGGUGAAACCCUUCCCUGAGAACCGCAGUCGUCCUCAUAAAGAAAUUCUGGAAUUUCCAGUACGAGAAGUCUAUGUCCCUCACACUGUGUAUAGGAAUCUUCUUUAUGUGUAUCCACAACGGUUGAAUUUUGCAAACCGUCUGGCUUCAGGACGAAACAUUACUAUUAAGAUUCAGUUUAUGUGCGGAGAAGACCCUGGCAGUGCAAUGCCGGUCAUCUUUGGAAAAUCUAGUGGUCCAGAAUUUGUUCAAGAGAUUUACACACCUGUGACAUAUCAUAACAAAUCUCCAGACUUCUAUGAAGAAGUGAAAAUUAAGCUCCCUGCAAAACUGACAAAAAAACACCAUUUGCUCUUCACGUUUUACCACAUCAGUUGUCAACCAAAACAAGGAGGAUGUGUAGAAACUCUCUUGGGAUAUUCAUGGCUGCCGAUUUUGUUAAAUGAUCGUCUUCAAACAGGCCAUUAUUGCCUUCCUGUUGCCUUGGAUAAACUGCCUGCCAACUAUUCAAUACACUCUGCAGAGAAAGUUCCUGCACAGUCCCCUCCAAUUAAAUGGGUUGAAGGACACAAAGGGGUGUUUAAUGUUGAAGUGCAAGGUGUAUCAUCAGUUCACACAGAGGACAACCAUCUGGAGAAAUUCUUUACCCUGUGCCAUGCCUUGGAGAGCCAAGUUGCCUUCCCCAUUCGAGUGUUGAAUGAGAAGAUCACAGAAGCCACCCUUGAACAUGAGUUGAAACUCAGCAUUAUCUGCUUGAAUUCUUCCCGCCUUGAGCCCUUAGUAUUGUUUUUACACUUAGUGUUGGAUAAACUCUUCCAGCUGUUUAUCCAGCCCAUGGUUAUAGCUGGACAGACAGCCAACUUCUCCCAAUUUGCCUUUGAAUCUGUAGUUGCAAUAGUGAACAGCCUCCACAACAGCAAAGACCUAAGCAAGGACCAGCACGGGAGAAACUGUCUUCUAGCAUCUUAUGUUUAUUAUGUCUUCCGUCUUCCUGAAGUUCAAAGAGAGCUUGUCAAACUAGGUGCAACAGGAAGUGCUAGUAUGCCUGAAUCUCGUUAUUAUACCUAUGGCCGCACCACGGCUGUCUCCGUGGGCUCUCGACUCCUACAGAGUAGAGCAACGAGCUGUAGUAAUCCAGAUAUUGCUGGGACCCAGGCUACUACUGAUGAAGAAGUCCACAGCAUCAUGUCCUCAAGGGUUGCAGAUCGGAGCUACAACCGGAUGUCUUGCUAUAGCGAGCCCAGCAGUGAUAGUUCCUGCACAAGCUCUCGGCCAUCUAAUAAAAAGCAUUUCCAUGAAGAGUUAGCACUUCAAAUGGUGGUCAGCACUGGCAUGGUGAGAGAAUCUGUAUUCAAGUAUGCCUGGUUCUUCUUUGAAUUGCUGGUCAAGAGCAUGGCUCAGUAUGUUGAUAAAAUGGAGAAACAAGAUACGCCUCGAAGAACACGGUUUUCCAACCGCUUCAAGGAUGACAUCACCACUAUAGUUAAUGUGGUCACCUCAGAGGUUGCAGCACUCUUAGUCAAACAACAAAAGGAAAGUGAACAAGCAGAGAAGAUCAAAAUUAGCUUGGCAUUUUUUCUUUAUGAUCUUCUUUCUCUAAUGGAUCGUGGAUUUGUGUUCAACCUUAUCAAACACUACUGCAAUCAGUUGUCAAAUAAAUUGAACACUCUUCCUACCCUGAUUUCCAUGAGGCUGGAGUUUCUGAGAAUUCUCUGCAGUCAUGAACAUUACCUCAACUUGAAUCUCUUCUUUUUGACUUCGGAGUCUGCUCCAACAUCUCCCUCACCUUCACUGUCGUCACAGAAUUCGAGCUCCUGCUCAAGUUUUCAGGAUCAAAAACUUGCCAGCAUGUUUGACCUUACGGCAGAUUAUCGGCAGCAGCACUUCUUAACAGGGCUGCUCUUCACUGAAUUGGCAGCUGCCUUGGACACGGAAGCAGAAGGAAUAGGCAAAGUCCAGAGGAAAGCUGUCAGUGCUGUCCACAGCCUGCUCAUUUCACAUGACUUGGACAAAUCCUGCUCGAAAUCAGAAGUGAAAGUGAAAGUUGCUGCCCUUUACCUACCUCUGGUUGGCAUAAUUUUGGACGCGCUUCCACAAUUACAUGAUUUUACAGUUUCAGAGGGCCGUAAUGGAAAAGGCCGUGCUGGAUCUCCAGAUGAAGAACAGGAGGCUGCUAGCCAAAUUAACCAGAAUAUUGCACAGGCGAUUGCUGGGAACCAAUUUAAUCUCCUAAGGCCCUCAGGCCCAUCUAUGUCCACAGUGCCUUACAAACAAUAUAACACGUUAAGCCCUGAAACAACACGUCAUCUUUUGAUAUGCUUCUUAUGGAUCAUGAAAAAUGCUGAUCAGAAUCUCAUUCAGAGGUGGAUUGCAGAUCUGCCUUCUAUGCAGCUGACCAGGAUUUUGGAUCUCCUUUUCAUCUGUGUCUCAGCUUUUGAGUAUAAGGGGAAACAAAGCUCAGAUAAAGUUAGUACUCAAGCACUCCAGAAGUCAAGGGAUGUAAAAGCUCGGCUAGAGGAGGCAUUGCUAAGAGGCGAGGGGGCCAGGGGUGAAAUGAUGAAGCGCUGCAGAAUGCCUGCUGGGAAUGAUAGGUUCCCAGGGUUGAAUGAGAAUCUCCGGUGGAGGAAAGAGCAGACACAGUGGCGGCAGGCAAAUGAGAAGCUAGAUAAAACAAAGGCUGAGAUUGACCAAGAAGCUCUGGUUAGUGGGAACUUAGCUACUGAAGCGAAUCUGAUUAUUCUGGAUAUGCAAGAGAACAUCAUCCAGGCAACUUCAGCAAUGGACUGCAAGGACAAUCUCUUGGGAGGUGUGCUGAAAGUCCUUGUAAAUUCUCUGAGUUGUGAUCAGAGCACAACCUAUCUAACUCAUUGCUUUGCUACUAUCCGGGCAUUAAUUGUCAGAUGUGGAGAUCUUCUGUUUGAAGAGGAAGUGGAGCAGUGUGCCGACCUCUGUCAGAGAGUUUUGCAGCACUGCAGUAGCAGCAUUGAUACCACUCGGAUUCAAGCCUGUGCCACCCUUUACCUCCUUAUGAGAUACAGCUUCAGUUCCACCAGUAAUUUUGCAAGAGUGAAAAUGCAAGUGAUAAUGUCAUUGGCUUCUCUGGUUGGUAAAGCAUCAGAUUUUAAUGAAGAAUAUCUCAGAAAGUCUUUACGAACUAUCUUAGCAUACGCAGGGGAAGAUGCAGACAUGCAACCAACUCAGUUUCCAGUACAGGUAGAAGAGCUGUUGUGUAAUCUGAAUAGCAUAUUAUCAGACACAGUGAAAAUGCGAGAGUUUCAAGAAGACCCAGAGAUGCUCAUGGAUCUUAUGUACAGAAUUGCCAAGGGAUAUCAGACAUCACCUGACCUAAGGCUUACCUGGCUCCAGAACAUGGCGGAGAAGCAUGCCAAAAGAAGGUGCUACACAGAGGCUGCCAUGUGUCUGGUUCAUGCUGCUGCUCUGGUUGCAGAAUACCUGAGCAUGCUGGAGGAUCACAGUUACCUGCCAGUUGGCAGUGUCAGCUUUCAGAAUGUUUCCCCAAAUGUGUUAGAGGAGUCUGCUGUCUCAGAUGAUGUUCUGUCUCCAGAUGAAGAUGGAAUGUGCUCAGGAAGAUAUUUCUCAGAGAAUGGGUUGGUAGGACUGCUAGAACAAUCUGCAGAACUUUUCAGCACUGGCGGGCUGUAUGAAACUGUAAACGAGGUCUACAAGAUUGUCAUCCCUAUCUUAGAAGCACAUCGAGAUUUCAGGAAGCUUUCUUUGACUCACAGUAAACUUCAGAAAGCCUUCGAAAGCAUAAUAAAUAAGGGUCAAAAGAGAAUGUUUGGUACUUACUUUCGUGUUGGCUUCUAUGGAGCCAUAUUUGGGGAUUUAGAUGAACAGGAAUUUGUUUAUAAAGAGCCUGCCAUCACAAAACUUCCAGAGAUUUCUCAUAGACUAGAGGGAUUUUAUGGUCAGUGCUUUGGGGAGGAUAGAGUCAUCGUGAUUAAAGACUCCACUCCAGUUGACAAGAGCAAACUAGAUCCCACAAAGGCAUAUAUACAAAUUACUUAUGUGGAACCCUACUUUGAUGACUAUGAGAUGAAAGACAGAGUGACCCACUUUGAGAAAAAUUUCAGCCUCCGACGAUUUAUGUACACCACUCCUUUCACUCGCAAUGGACGCCCCCGAGGAGAACUGAGUGAGCAGUAUAAGAGAAAGACUAUUUUGACCACCAUGCAUGCUUUCCCAUACAUCAAAACUCGAAUCAAUGUCAUCCAAAAAGAGGAGUUUGUUUUGAUGCCAAUUGAAGUGGCUAUUGAAGACAUGCAAAAGAAGACUCUCGAACUAGCUGUUGCCACUAGCCAGGUGCCACCAGAUGCCAAAAUGCUCCAGAUGGUUCUUCAAGGUUCUGUGGGAGCUACAGUAAAUCAGGGACCACUAGAGGUAGCCCAAGUGUUCCUGGCUGAAAUUCCAGAAGAUCCAAAACUGUACCGACAUCACAACAAACUGAGGUUAUGCUUCAAGGAGUUCAUAAUGAGGUGCGGUGAAGCAGUGGAGAAAAACAAACGCCUUAUUACUGCUGACCAGAGAGAAUAUCAGCAAGAACUGAAAAAGAACUAUAACAAAUUGAAAGAGAACCUCAGACCCAUGAUUGAGAGGAAAAUCCCAGAGCUGUAUAAACCCAUUGUGACAGUUAACAGUAUUUCAAGAGAGUCUUUUCGCAAUUCUAGUUUUAGAAAGUAUGAAAAUCUGCCUCCACAGAACUCUUAAGAAGAGCAGCCUUGUUAGAAUGAGCAAUCCUCUGACAGCAGUUUGAAAAUAAGAUGAUGUCCAAAUGCUGUACCACAAAGGGGACAAUUCCAACAUUUUGUCUUGCAACAUUUUUGUAAUGAUUGCUGCUGGAAAGUAGCAGGUGUUACAGCAAAUGCAUUUCCUAAGCCAGUGAGAAGAUCUUGGAAAAAAUGACUUGAAUAUUUGUACACAGAGAGAAAACAUCCCCAUAUAUUUUUUCUAAAAUUCUAAAGACCAGUUAAUGAGACUGCAUGGUCUAGACAAUAUUCCCUAUAUGUUUUACAUGUAUGUUCAAAUAUCUGUGAAAUGUCCCAUGUGGACCUUUGAUCAUAGACGUCCUAUGGACUUUUUUGGAAUUAGGACGAAGAUACUUCAAAAUAAUCACGGAUUUGCUUCAACACUGUGUAGGGACAUUGUUCAUAGAACAGAUAUGAACACUGCCACACAAGCACAAUUGGAUUUGAAAAUAAAAGAAUUAUGAAAAUGUGUAAUUCCUAUCUGUCUGAAGGAAGCAGUCCUAUUGCUGAGGACCUACGUACUAGAGAUUUUUUUUUCAUGAAAGUUGAUGAAAUCAUACUUGAACAGGUAGGUCUAAUUUCUGUAAGGGUGAAAAAUUAGUAGGUACUAAUUAAUCCUGCUUGAUAGGAACUUAUGCAAAGCAGAGGCUCCACAGGUAAGACAAGAUAUGUUACAUUCAAAUGAAAUGUUUACUCCUGAAAUUAUGUUUACAGGCUGCAGGGAACUUGAGGACUUACAGGCAUGGCUUUUAUUGUGCAAUCCGUCUGCCUCAAAUUGCAGAAUACCUCGUUGUAGUCGGAGUACUUUGUUUUUAAAAUUAUUGUUCCUAUUAUUUAAAAAGUAGCACUGUAGUUCUUCUCAUUUUUGAAAUAUGGGAUUGCUUCCUGAUAGUUUGACUGGUAACGUUCCUUCAAAUUGGUUGACACUUGUUUCUGUCACCCCAGAUACCAUGACAAACAAUGGUAAGAAUGUUAAUUUACAUACCUUGUACAAAAUUCUGUACAUGGUAAUGUGAAAUAAAAGAAUGCUUAAGGGUGAAGGAGCCAGAACUCUUAACUGGUUUCUUUUUCUUAAAGCCCUACAAUGUAAGUAAAUAAAAUAAAUGUUUAAACAUUU